AUCAGCUUCGUCGCCGCAUCCAAUAUACCCUCCACAACCCCAGAGUCAUUAGCAGAUCUCCGUCAUGGACAAGUUUCAAGCUUUCGGCAAGAACAUCUCCGCCUCGUUCACCCCCUUCGCUGCGAGAACACAGCAGUAUGUCAAGGAACAGCUCGGCCAGGCUGAGGACAAGACCCAGCUUCCGCCAGACUAUAUCGAACUCGAAAAGCGAGUCGAUGCCUUGAAGAAGGUCCACAAUGCUAUGCUUCAAGUCACUUCUCAAUACUCGAAUGAAGCAUACGACUAUCCCGCCAAUAUCAGGGAAUCUUUCAACGACCUUGGUCGGACUGUCUCUGAGAAAGUAACCCUUUUGUCCUCUGCCACCUCCCCCGCCGAGGCCCAGGCCGCCCUCACUGCUCCUCCUUCCGCGAAACCCCAGCCGAAGACCUUCAGCCAUGCCAUUGCCCGCGCCUCCCUAAACAGCUCUCAUAUCUUGUCUGGUGAGCACGCCGGCGCCGGCGAAGAUCCCCUCGCUACUGCCCUUGAGAAAUUCGCCAUUGCCAGCGAGAAGGUUGGAGAGGCAAGGCUAAAUCAGGAUGCCCAGAUUCAGAGCAGGUUCUUAGCCGGAUGGAGUACGACUCUGAACACCAACAUUAUGUUCGCAACUCGUGCUCGCAAGGCCGUCGAGAACGCUCGGUUGAGUCUCGAUGCUACCAAAGCCCAGGCUAAGAGUGGCCCGGGCUUCCAUUUGCCAGGUCAGCCCGCCGGUCGGAAAGAUGGGUUGGAGGAGGAGAUGACCGAGGAAGCCCGCGCCAAGGUGGAGCAGGCUGAGGAUGAAUUUGUUGGCCAGACGGAAGAGGCCGUUGGUGUCAUGAAGAACGUCCUAGACACCCCCGAACCCCUCCGCAAUCUUGCGGACCUCAUCGCCGCCCAACUCGAGUACCAUAAGAAGGCAUACGAGAUCCUGUCGGAGUUGGCCCCAGUUGUUGAUCAACUGCAGGUUGAGCAGGAGGCCAGCUACCGUAAGGCUCGUGAAGGAGCAUGAAUCUAGCGAAGCUUUUUAGAAUGAAAGAUUGCGUCAUGAGGGGAUUCCGGGGGUCAGCCAGCAAGCAGCUAUACUUCUAGUGAUAGUUGCUCGGUGACAGUCCUGGUAUUCUCAGUCGUUGGGGGGUUUCUCAUUGCCACUGUCUCUGUCUCUAGUUUUAAGAUUUCCCCAAUGUGUGGUCUCAUCCCCUUCAAGGAUGCCCGUUUGCCUAUGCGAAUAGUGAAUAGAAUUUUUCCUGUGAUUUUGCGAUUGUACAUGGCGGCUCAAAGCUCGGGCCGAUGACUCGGCAUUUUAGGCGCCGAGAUCGUCCUUUGCUUGUGGCAUGAAUCAGCGUUUGUCUUCUUGCUUUGUUA